CUAGGGUGGAGCCAAGAAGGGCAGGCUCAGUCAGUGGGAUAAAUAAGGCUUUAGGGGUUUGUUUAAGACCUACGAAAGUGAAGAGUCAGACCCAAAACCUUUUUUCAGGUGGAGACAGCAAAGAACCAUGGAAAUUCUCUUUUCUGUUUUGCUGGGAACUCUGUUGUUUGUGGAAUCAGCUCACUGCCGGCAGUGUUACAUGUGCGCUAAGGUUAACGACUUCAGCUUGUGUAAGGUAAAGAAAUGCAAUGAUGGAGAAAACACCUGCACCAAGACUGUGGUGACUUCAGAUGUGGGGUUUAAAAUGAAGUCAUAUAGCUUGGACUGUACUUCUUCCUGUGAAGAUUAUAAAAAUGUAUUUUUGAAGACUCCAUCUCAUGGAUUCAAGGUGGAUGUGUCCUGUUGCAACACUGACCUUUGUAAUGGUGUGGGUGGGGUCAGGAGCAACCCCUGGGCCCUGACAGGAGCAUUCCUCCUCAGCCUGGGACCUGCCCUUCUUUGGGUUGGGUUGUGAGAAACUUCCUUUCUCAUUAGCUUCUUCUGACUAGACCUUCCUUCUGGUACCAAGCCCAUGAAGGUGGUGCUCCUGUUCUAGUUCCAUCUCAGUUCAGAUUUUGGGUUGAGAGCUUUGGCAUUCCCAAAGGAAUAGAUAUGAAGUCUCCCUCUCUCUCACCCAAUCACCCUUCCUUUUCUCCUUACCUUGUAGAAUUCCUCCCUCAUUGGCUCCCAAUCUGUCUGUUCCUUCUUUAUUUUAAUGUAUAUCCCUGGAAAAGAUUUUCCUCUUCCUUCUUUUUGCUUCAAUAUUAUUGUUCUGAAAUCCCCUUGGCAGUGUUAAUUGUUAAGUUUUCUUUGAGGAAAGAGAAGGAUUCUGAGUCCCAGCACACAAUGGAGGGAAGGGGAACCUAGGCAUCUGGGAAAUGGACAGAAAAGAACAAAAGAGAAAAUUGAAAGGGCGAGGCCACUGGACCUUAGAUACUAAAGAGUGGGACUUUAUUUGGGCAACUUGGGGAAGAAAAUUUAGCCUGAGCAAGAUAACUGUGUAAAUAUGUAUAUCUAUAUUGGAUUUAACAUGUAUUUCAACAUAUUCAACAAGUAUUGGUCUACCUGCCAGUUAGGGGAGGGGGGUAGGGGGAAGGAGGGGAAAAUUUGGAACAAAAGGUUUUGCAAGGGUCAGUGUUGGAAAAAUUACCUAUGCAUAUGCUUUGUAAAUUGAAAAUAUAUAUAUAUAUUAAAAAAAGAAAAGAAAAUUUAGCCUGCUCUUGAGGAGAGAACCAGAGGCAUCAGAAAGAGAAGACAAGCAUCUUGGGAUACUAGAGAGAGACGAGCUUGGAAUUGGAAUGGAAUGGACUCUGGGGGUGAACAGAAAUCUCAUUUAGACUCAAGACCUCUGAGGCAGACAUUUCUGAACGUUCAUCUAGCUAAACAAAACUGAUCUCUGUCCCUGAUAUGUCUUAACUUCCUUAGCAAAUGCAUCAUGACAAGUAAAUAAAUUUAUGAAUAAGCAUA